AUUGCCUUUAUAUAGUAUUCCUAUAUGGAAGAAUUGUAGAAGAAUACAUCAACUUUCCAAGAUUUAAUCUUGUAUAAAUAAUAUAAGCGUGUUGAGCAUAUUGUUUUGUGGCACUUUUAUGCUUGACCUUUUAAAGUUGCUUGUUAGGGCAGAUAUUCCAUUUGCAUAACCCUAAACCCCUAAUCCCUCUAUUUCCUCAGUCACGACCUAAUCCGAUUCAAGCAAAGCAUCGGCGACGACGACCAUCCGGAUCUCAUAACCCCCAACACUUAUUUACAGGACCAAAGAAGGCCGAAAAAGUAAGAUUCGGGAAUACACUCGCCAAAAACUACAAUGGCCGACACCGCCGCACCAGAGAUAAAGCCCGCCGCACCAGAGAUAAAGCGGUCAUGGGGUGAAGAAGCUGAAGAAGAACCGGAUGUUCCUUCAACCUCCGAUGACAAAGUCGGCUCAUCCCUCGAGAUCGACUCCUUGGUGAUCGACGACUCGAAGAAAGUGAACAAGUUCCUCGAGGAACCCGAGGAUUCCAAUAUCAAAGCCGUCACGACCGGCGAUACAAUGUAUUCGUCUGCAAAGAAGUUCGAGGACUUGAAUCUAUCGCCAGAAUUGUUGAAAGGUUUAUAUGUGGGGAUGCAGUUCGAGAGGCCAAGCAAGAUUCAAGCCAUCAGUCUGCCGAUGAUUCUCACCCCGCCUUACAAGAACCUGAUCGCUCAGGCACACAAUGGUUCUGGUAAAACCACUUGUUUCGUGCUCGGCAUGCUCAGCCGUAUAGAUGCGAAGCUUAAUGCUCCCCAGGCGCUUUGCAUAUGCCCUACCAGAGAAUUGGCCAUUCAGAACAUGGAAGUUCUUCAGAAGAUGGGAAAGUUCACAGGAAUUACUGCCGAAUGUGCUGUGCCAAUGGAUAGCUCUAAUUAUAUUCCAAUUAAGAAGCGCGCACCAGUGACGGCGCAAGUGGUGAUUGGCACGCCUGGAACUAUAAAUAAAUGGGUGGAGGCAAAAAAAUUGGGCAUGAGUUAUAUGAAGAUUCUUGUUUUUGAUGAGGCUGACCACAUGUUGGCUGAGACUGGCUUUAAAGACGACUCCUUGAGGAUUAUGAAGGCGAUUGUUAGAUGCAAUUCUGACUGCCAGGUGCUUUUGUUUUCUGCAACUUUUGAUGAUGCUGUCAGAAAUUUUGUAUCAAAAAUUGUUAAAGAUCUCUUCAAGAAAGAUUACAAUCAAAUGUUUGUGAACAAAGAAGAGCUGUCCUUGGAGUCUGUGAAGCAGUACAAGGUGAACUGUCCCGAUGAACUUUCAAAGAUAAAGGUAAUUAAAGACAGAAUUUUUGAAUUGGGAAAUAAGGUGGGGCAGAGAAUUAUUUUUGUUCGCACAAGAAAUAGCGCGAGCAUGUUGCAUCAAGCACUUGUGGAAUAUGGCUAUGAGGUGACUACCAUUCAAGGUGCUCUUAAGCAAGAUGACAGAGACAAGAUAAUCAAGGAAUUUAAAAAGGGACUGACUCAAGUUCUUAUUUCAACUGACCUCCUCGCCCGGGGUUUUGAUCAAGCAGAGGUUAAUCUGGUUGUCAAUUAUGAUCUUCCCGUGAAGUACGAAACUCCAUCGGAGCCUGACUAUGAGGUAUACUUGCAUCGGAUUGGCAGGGCAGGACGUUUCGGCCGCAAGGGAGCCGUAUUCAACUUGUUGUGCUUUGAUAGAGAUGUUAUGCUAAUGGAGAAGAUAGAGAAGCACUUUAACACCCAUGUGGAAGAGGUCCCGUCCUGGAACAGCGAGGAGGAUUUUGAGGCUGCUUUAAAAAAAGCUGGUCUCUUUUAAAGAUUUGUGUGUUAUUGGGAAAGAUUAUUCUUCCAAACAACAUGUGGUUUUGGUUAUCUGGUACUGUUGGAUAUUCGGUUAUCUGGUACGUUGGAUAUAAAUAUCAGCCCCCAAAUCAGUUUUUGGAUGUUGAUUUUGGGUUUAAACAGAUGAUUGAUCUUGUUGUAUAGCAAUUUGAAGUCGAUGUUAUGUGGUUUAUUUGUGGACUA